AGUUUUUUUGCGGCCUGUGGCAGACGAAACGAAGUUUGUUUUUUACUUCUUGACACGUGCAAAACCCUUGAAAAAUAUGGCGAAUUUAAAUCAAAAACGGCCAAUGGAAGAGGACAGUAGUAGCGAUUCCUCUGACGAGGAGGAGGAUGAUUCUCAAGAUGAAGAAAUGGGAGAGGAAGAGCAGCUCGGAGAAAAUGAUAGGGAGAUUCAGGUAGAGUUUGCAGGUCAAUCUCCUAUUGCUGAAGAUUUUCAUGGUAUUAAGAGCCUACUGCAUCAGCUUUUCCUGAAAGCUCAUAUAAAUUUGAGUGGUCUAACGGAACUAAUUAUUCAGCAAAAUUAUAUCGGAAGUAUAUUGCAGCAAUGUGCAGAUAAUGACGAUUCAGAUAGUGAGGAAGAUGCAAAUUCAGAGGAUGAAGUAUUUGGUGUAACCUCUGUCAUCAAUUUGUCACAUCACAAGGAUGUGGAAUGUGUAAAGGAAGUGAAGCAAUACCUAUUGGAAAAAACACAAAAAAAGUUAGCAGCAUUAUUCAAUAACUCAUCUAACCAGAUUGGACUUCUCUUCAAUGAAAGAUUUAUAAAUAUACCAUCUCAAGUAUCGGUGCCACUAUUGGAAAAUCUAUGUAAGGAGAUUGGGGAGGCAAAAGAAGCUGGAAAACCUUUUGCUUUUACCCACUUCAUUCUAAUAUCUAAGUUGCAUGAAUCUACAAGAAAGGAUUCUGAAUCAAAGAAAAAGAAAGCCAAAGGAUCAGACAUACUCUGGGUUAAUGCAGAAGAGGAACCAAUCUCAGAGCUGAAGGAGACUUCAUUUACAGAUAGGGGAGGUAUUAGGAGAAUAUUCAGUCCGAAGUGAGUCGGAUGCAGCUGUCUCUGGUACAUGGGAUGAAGACGAUGAACAGUUUGAUCCCAAAAGAAGAAUAAUCUUAAUUACUGCAGCUCAACUGCCAGAUAUGUUGACAAAAAUUAAGGAAUUCCUACAAUGAAUACAAUUCAGGGUGAUUCAGUUGCAAC